AUGAAAAAGAACUUGUUAUUCCAUGAUAUUUUAAAACUACUUGGAAUUCUUUCCCUCCUUGUACAACCAACAUUCGCUCAGGAAGAUGAUAGUUUUAGAGUAAUAGAUUCAUUCGAUAUCCUUAUAACAGCACUCCAUUCAAUGUUGUUAUUUAUUUACAUCAGUAAUGACGUAUUGUUUAUCAUAAUCCCCUAUAUUAUUCCAACCCUUUACGCGAUAUAUAAGUCAGUUAGAAACUUUCAUAUUAUACGUCGUAACAAUGAGGUUACCGAUAUUAGCAUUAGUUUUCAAGAUAUUAAUAACCGUCUUGCAACAUUUAAUGAAGAUUAUGAUUUGAAAUUUAUACAUUUUUUAUAUUAUACAUACAUCGGAUUUAUUUUGGUGACAUUAUGUGCUCCAUCUAGUUUAUGGCUAAAAAGUUACUUGAUUAUGGUCGUUUUUUCCCGAGCCAUUGCGGAUAAAAAAUCAGAGAUCGUCAAUACGUCUAAUCAAAGGGAAGUAGUUGAAUGUUGA